UUGCAGAAACGUGUCAAGUUACCAUUGGUAAACCUCAAUCAACACAUAACCUGCAAAUUGUGCAAUGGAUAUCUUAUUGAUGCAGCAACCAUAACAGAAUGUCUGCACACUUGUAAGUCCACGAAUUUACAUGACUUUCUUAGUGACCUAGUAUGAGGGAUAGACUAGGGAAUAUUGGCUAGAGACAGUAGCUGUAGAUUCUGUGAACAUAAACUAGUAGGACUUCACAGAUUCGCAAAAGCGGCAAAGCACGCACUCACUCACUCACUCACUCACUCAACCUCCUCAUCCCAGCUGGGACAAAAGGCCACAAUCAAACCUCAACACUUCAAGCCUAUCCUGAGCUUUGGCCUGCACUUUGCUCCAUGUUACACCCAUCUCCUCCAGCUGUUUACUGAUCAUCUGACUGUCUCCACCAGCUGGAUUUAAUUGGCUGGCACCUCUUUUCCUCCUCUCGUUUGGAGUCCAUCUCAUGGCUGCAAUUUUGAAUUAUCAGUGGGUGCUAAAGUUAAGGGCAGCACUUUCUUGUAUAAUUUUAGGGGUGAUCUAAUAUAAAACUUCUUGGUCUUGUGAAUAACACUGAUUUCUUUCUUCCUUUAAUCUUUGCUUGGUUCAAAAAUGAUAAGAACAGCUUAAAAGGUAACAAAAGAUGCAUGCAGUAUACAGAAAUGUAUUUUGAGGUCUGUGUCCUAUCACAGGAAAAAAUAACGGACUCCCACUUUUGGAUAUUUUAGGGUAUUUAAAGAAUACCCAUAAAAAUCCCAAAUUUGGCAAAGUGAGACAAGUCCCAACCAGGGAAUUCCCAACCAAGUUCCCAGAUUGGGACUUGUCUCACUCUUCCAAAUUUGGGAUUUUUGUGGGUAUUCUUUAAAUACCCCAAAAUAUCCAAAAAUGGGAAUCCGUUAUUUUUUCCUGUGUAUUCAAUCAACCAUCAGAGUUUAAAUUCCAGCUUGCAAGCAGCAUUCACUUCUUGCUCAUCUCCGAUAAUGAUUUUGUUAGAGGAUUACUUGUAUGGACCAGCAAGGUAGAAAUCCUAAUUGUCAACUUGUACAUGUAGUUUCUAAUGUAUGCUCAACUUAGCCCGAUUUUCAUUUUGAGAAAACAAGAAAAAUAGACUUUUUGCGGCAUCUUGCCUGUAACGAGAUUAUAAAACCAAAGCUGUCAAUGUUGAUGUGUACCCGACAAGGAACAACAAUAGUUCUAUUGACACCGCAGGAAAACAUUUCUGCUGCCCUGACAGCUCAAACACAAAACUUAUUCAGACAGCUUAGUUAUUUUAACACAUGAAAAUAUUAUUAUUUAUCUCUUUAAUACAAAAAGGAUCCUAAUUUUCUGUAACCAUUAAAGUACCCAUAUUUUGAAUACUACUUGAAAAUACUGAUUAGGCUGACAAUCAUGCCACAUACAAUGACAAAAAAACUACAAAACAAAAAAACAGGUCUUGAUUACUAUAUCCCUUGCAGUCUUGUAAACAAUUGGAUUUAAUAAAGCAAUCAUCUUUCGUGUUUUUAUGUGGAAGACAAGAAAAAACUAGACAAACGGGAUAUUUACCCCUUGACAUUGUACAACAUGAUUUCUUGUAGAUAGCAGUGAAUUGCGUGAUUAUCUUUGGCUGGGAUGUGUGCCUUGACUUGUGACAAACUUGUCAACAAUCAAUUGAAAUAAGAAACAUCGAAGAAUCUUUUGCAAUCCCCAAAGUCUCCGCAGAAUAAUUAACAUUUUUUUAAAAAAUAUAUAUUAAUUUUUAUCAUGGAUACCCUAAUUAUUCUGUGCCAAUAUUCCUCAGUACAGUCCAAACCAAUAUUGAGGUCAAUAACAUGAUCUACUUAAAUAUUUUGUCUUAUAUUUUAUUUUGUUAGUUUGCAAGAGCUGCCUUGUGAGACAUAUUGAACUUGUCAAUCGAUGUCCAGCAUACAACACUGUUAUUCAUGAGACACAACCACUUUACAAUAUCAGGUAAAACUUAAGGGUUGCAAUGUUUUGAUGCCAAUAAUAUUUGAGUGAUAAUAUUUUUACAAUUUUUAUUUUUUAUGACUGUAGUGAAACCCUUCUCCAGUAUUGGCAAGAAGUUUUGCAAAAAAUCUGUCUGUUGCAGAGUAUUCUGGACUUUAAAUUUUUUAUUCAUAUGUUUCUGUUAUGGGUAUAUACUAGAAAUGAUGUGAGUCACGUUUUCUUCACAGACGUGACAGAACUAUGCAAGAUAUUGUUUACAAGCUCCUUCCAAGGAUUGAAAGGGGUGAGCUACCAUUAAGAGUAAAACGGUAAAUUAUAUUAAUCUUUUACAAACCUGAUUCAAGACAUUGCCUGAAAUAUCCCACAUGAAGUGAUGAUAAGAUACUGACUAUCCUAUUUAUAGUUUCUGUAAGUUUCUGAUUAGAUGAUACAAUUAAUUGAACCUUUCACUUUGACCCCAAGUUUGGUCAAGAUUAUUUAUCACCUUAAUUUCAAAAUGCGUGGACACAAUUCUGUUGUUUUACUUUGUUAUUUUUUCUUAGGAUUUUAAGGGAAAUAAUAUUGAUUUUUUUUGUGAAUUUUUUUGUAAGCAAUUUCCAGGGGUGAAAGGGUUAAAUAAUCAGCCAAAUCUAAAAUACCGGUAUCACCUGGAAUAGUUGAGAAUCUUGUUUAAAAUAAUGACUUCUGAUUCCAGAAAAAGAAAUUCUUUAGAGAAUGUGAAAUAUUUAAGGUUAUAUUUGUGUGUGUACUACAGGUUUUGAAAAGGAGGAAUGGGGUGGGGGGGAGGGGUCAUUAAUAAUGUACUGGAGUGAUUGACUAUAAGAGCUACAUCCCUGAUGCUUUGGGCUGUGGUUCAUCUUAAGAAAUUACUACUAACAGUUAAACCCCAUGUGCAACCAUGUCUCAUAAGCAACCACCUCCCAUAUUAAACAACCACGCACCCAAUUAAACAACAAAAACUUUACCCAUCAAAGCCCUAUACCGGUAAUUGUUGGAACCUCGCAUAAGGGAAAGUGAACAAGUUUGGGGUUGUUUUAGCCUCCUGUAAGUGACUGCUAAUUGCCAUGCUAUGUGAUCUCUAUUUUUACUCCAUAAGUACUACACAGAAGGACUUUCUUAUGUCAAUGACCCUUGUGUACAUUUGUGUAUUUGCUGUAGAAGUUUUAUGCAGCCAUUGGUAAUUCUUCAAAUGAAAUAUUUUAUUAGUAGAUGAGUCACCACACAUGUUCCCAGAAGAGUCCCUUGUGUUUUGAUUCUCAUUCUCAUAAGUGACCCCCCCCCCCCCCUCCCUCCCUCCUAUUCAUGUGACCACUGAGGCUGUUUCAUGCUUCUCCAGCUAUAGUCCCUACAGGAGCCUGAACUGAACCCAGAAUUUAAGUAUUAAAACCCAGCUACAUGUAUUUAUAUAACCUUGUUGAUUAGUGCAUCCUGUUUCUUUGAUUUUAGAGGAAAGGCGCAGAGAACACAAGUUUUAUAAAGAUAGGCAGAUACCAUAUCCAGCCCCCAGAGGUAUUUCUGCUGAUUUUAAGAAAUGAUAAUAUUAUUAUCCAUUAUUGUCAGUGCUUAAAAUAAUAAUAUAAAAAUCUCUUUUUUUCUCUUUUUGGUCUGACCCUGCUCCAACUACAUGCAUUUCAAUUUAAUUGCUAUAAUGUAAGGUCAAGAAAAUGUUUCAUAAAUUGCAAUUUAAAUUUGUUGUUUUUGCUCUAUACAUGUACAUCACUAUCAAUACACACUUCUUUUUAGCAUAUAUACGAACGAUCUUCCAUUGAUCCCACAGAAAUGCAGCACCCAGAGUUAUGUAGAUGAUACGAAACUCAUCACCUCCUUCGAGCUUAAAGCCAACCUGGAUGCAAUUGCUGAUUUGGAAGACGACCUGUUUAAAAUAGGGGAAUGGUGUUCCAACAAUCAAUUGUUACUAAACCCUGGCAAAACCAAGUUGAUGAUAUUUGGCAGCAGGCAGAUGCGUGCAAAAUUCCAAUCCUGUGAUGGACUAACAUUCCGUCUAGGGGGGAGUAGCAAUACUCCUAGGCAUGCUUCAUGCUAAGGAAAUCGGAAUAAGCUCCUGCUGUUUGGGCCUUUGACUCGUGUGCGCCUUAUAUACCUUACUUUUUUACAUUAGUUGCGAGAUGAAGUGAUACACCUGUAUAGAUUAUUUAACUAGGCUUACAAGAGCAUGAAACUGUCUGGAAGAUAACAUUGUUUCCAUAAAUGAAUACCUGGAAAAGAUGUAACAAAUGUACACCAAAAGCCACUGCAAGAUGUUCACUUUUUUGACCAAAUAGAAUGUUAUCAGACAGUGUAAUUUUAAAAUAUCAAGUUCGCCCCGGGGUGGUUUUUACAAUAAACUGGGGUUCCGCUGUAUUUUGUACUAAUUGAGUUCAAGGUAUGUACUGUGAGUUACUGACCAAGUUUUUUUGCCAUUGAUUUAUGGCCGCUUUGUGAAGUGGAUUGGCGAUAAAUCAAUGGAGAAAAUGAGGAUCUGUAACAUUAAGAAUGGACUGAGAGUAUGAGGCUAGUAAAAAAUUUUAUUUAUCUGAGAGGUUAAUUGGCAUUUGGGAAAGGGAACAUGUUAGGGAAGUAUACUGAAAUAUGGCCAGCAAAGUUUACCAAUCACAGUGCAUGUACUUACUAGGAGAUAUUAUAUGCGUAAUAAACAUCUACUGAUAAAUUAACUGAUGUUUAACUCCAGUCCUCCUGUCUGAAUACAUCACCAAGACAUACGUCUUCUUAAAAGGGCUUAUAUCAUGUGUGUUAAGAAGAGGCUUAAUAAAAUAUUAUGUUUCAAUUAGAUUAUUGCAUUAUACAGUAUAUCUUACAUGCCAGAUGUAAAUUGUCCAGGCAUGUAAUUAGCACUGUUUUGUGGACUUUUUUCUGGAAUUAUCCAGCCAGCUUAGCCAGUGCGCACUCGCGUGGCAUUGCUUGCUUGUAGGCUCGAAAAUAGCGCUAUACAAAUCAAGUGUAAUGUAAUGUAUAAAAUAAAUAAAUAGAUAUUACUAUUACUAACUAUAACUAACUUCAAUUCUUUGUGGCUGGACGAUAAUGUUAUUGUUUACUUGUUAAAAUUGCAGAGAUGGAAGUGGUGGCCCAGCAAAAAUACAGGUAAAUGUUGACAUUGCUUCUUUUUUAGUUUUGAAAUAGGUCAAGAAGCCAUUGGAGUCUCAUAAAGACUUGUAUGCAAUAUUGAACAAAUCAGAAUAUUUGACGAAAGCAGAAAUAAAUGCCCAAUUGAUGCCCUGCGCUCAUUUGCACCAUAAAUGUAUCUGCGUUGUUGUUAGUUGUUGUUUUUGAAUGGCUCGCUACUCUCAAGAGGGCAAGGAGGGGGGGUUAGAACUUAAAGAAUGUUAUCAAAAGGGAAAAACGUAUGCAGCGUUUAGGGAAUAAAUGGCAGUGAACUUUUUAUUUAUUGGUUGAUUGACUGAUUGACUGAUUGAUUGAUUGAUUGAUUGAUUGAUUGGUUCAUUGAUUGACUGACUGACUGACUGACUGAUUGAUUGAUUGACUGAUUGAUUGAUUGAUUGGUUGAUUGACUGACUGAUUGACUGAUUGACUGGUUGAUUGACUGAUUGAUUAAUUGAUUGAUUGAUUGCAGCCACUUCAGAAGAAAUACAUGAGACUCUCAACACAAGUCACCAUUGGCUUAAUACAAAGAUUUUUGGCAGCUAAACUACACUUGGAAUCUGCGAACAUGGUAAAAAUAUUGCAGUUUAGUUUGUCCCUUUUAAACCUAAAUCGCUGCUCGUAAGACGCUUUGCGCCAAAAGUGAAACGCGCCUACCUGAAGUCGAAACACGCUUAUCAUAUCACUUCGUUUACACCCGUAUUCCAGACCUUUUCUUUUUACCAGUGCUCGCAUUCAUGGCCAACGCAAAAUACAGCUGUUUUGCUGUAUACAUAUGUGGCCAGAAAUGGUGAUGGUGGGAAAAAAAAAAACAAAACAAACAAACAGUCACAUUAUUAGAGACCCAAGAGAUAGAUAAUGAAGCCAGGGAAAAUUUCUAAAAGCAGAGGGUAAGAAAUGGGUGCCGUUGAGUUUUUUCCCUUUUGGGACUGUUCUUUGCCUUACUACAAAUUCGUGCUUGGCUCUAUGAGGAUGAGAAAACGCAUGAUUUUUACUCUGUGUAUAGAUUGCAACUGGCAGUCCGCCUUUGAAUCCGUCGAGUUCUCUUCCGUGGGCAUACGCCCUCGUUUAUCGCGGCUUGCGGCUGCGUCGCCUGCCGCUCGCGUGCUACGGUUUAGCGUGGAUUAACUGAAAAGGGAAAUAAGAUACUGCGCGCACAGUUUACUCUGUCCAGUAUUUAGACGCCAAAUUUAUUUGGUCGACGAGUCUUCUGAUCGGAUAGUGUAGAUAUUAGUUGUCCUUGAUCACAAGUUCGUUAUACAACUGAUCUGAUUGAUUCGCUUGAAAAGUAUAUACCAUGAACGAUGGGACCUAUUGGAUUUAUUGGUAGAAUUUUAUCACCGUUGCAAAUUUAAAGUUCUCUCCAGAAAAGUAUACAUGCAUGAUUAUCGAUGCUUUUCGCGACGGGAAGCUCGCAUCUUCAGCUUUGGCGGGCACUUCAGUGAGAUCACCCUGUGAGAUGUCUAUGGUUAAAGAGGGUAGCCAUAUUGCUAACCCACUCUUGACCCAAAAGCGUUCUUGGAAGACAUAAAAAGACAACGGCAUGCUAUAAAAAAAUUACCCUAGGGAUUUGUAUCUGCACCAGCUGCUCGUGACAAUGAAACCCUCUGUUGAAAGAACUUUGAAUUCACUUUGCUAUGGAAGUAUACCCAUAUCGUUGAUGAUUUAUACUUUUUAAGCGACAGUUCUUCAAUUAGGUAUAUUCAAUGUAACUCACACGCUUGCUGAUGACAUGUCUCCUGUUAGGUUGGUAUCCUGUUUGAAAAGACGGAAAUGGGGAAAGAUUUAACGCUAAAAUACAUCAGCGAAAAUCUC